GCAUCAAUUUCCUCAAGAUAAAUCACAGAGAAGAUUGCUUUACUCAAGGUCAAAGGUGAAGCCUGAAGUGCAUUAUAAAAACCUCCCUGGCCCAGUGCGCCUCACCAGUGCUGGCUUCUUGCUCCAGCUCCUUGCUCCUGUGUGCUGAGGGAUUAACUUGAGGUUGGGAAGAUGACUAAGCUGGAAGAUCACCUGGAGGGAAUCGUCAACAUCUUCCACCAGUACUCAGUGCGAGUGGGGCAUUUCGACACCCUCACCAAGGGUGAGCUGAAAAAGAUGAUCCAAAAGGAACUUCCAAAUAUCAUUAAGAAUACCAAAGAUCAAGCUACCAUUGACAAAAUCUUCCAAGAUCUGGAUACUGAUCAAGAUGGACAGAUCACAUUUAAUGAAAUCCUGCCCCUGCUAGUUUCUAUGCUGAUGACUGUACAUAAAAUUACCCACCAAGAGUAGAACACUGUCUGAGGACUUGUCUUCAGGAAUGUCCCCAAAUGUCCCCUCCUUCCCCUCACCAAAGCCCAGACUUGCCUGAGGGAAGUGAGAGGUAAUAAACAUUAUUUUUCAAAAGUU